GUCUUUACAUGAUGUAAACAGAUGGAUAAACCAUGGGAAGCCUCCUGGUGCAGAUGUUGCAGCCAUAGUUGAUGUUGGUUCAAUUAGGCCACAAGUCAUAUUCACAAUAAGGUGGUCACCUCUCUUUAUCUAUGUAUUCACAUAAACAACUACUAUGCUAUUUGAGGUAGAUGUCAGAUCGGUUACGUUCCGUCAACAGACUCCACCUCCAGCUGAGAUAUUAUGGGUUCAUGUGUUGAUGUCCCUCGAACCGAUGAUGAUUGUUUUCAUGUGUUGACUUGAAACUUGGAUUAUGAAAUGCAGUUCGAGUGGGGAUCUGUAUGAAUUCGACAGGACUUCAAAGCCGAUGUGGAAGAAGCACAUAUGGAGCAAAGAAAUAACACAAGACACUGCUUUGACACCAUUGAUAGGCUGCACCGUACACCGAAGAACCAGAUCUCAUUCCGACUCGCUGCUUCUCUUGACCAAAGUACUCGAUCAAGAAACAUUUUUUGUUGUUGAAAUCUUCGAAGUUUUCUAAUCGAAAUCUACCAACUGUUACAGGGUGGGAACCUGGUCGAGAGAAGGCUACACCAAAGAAAAUGGAAAUGGGUAAUUCACGGGAGCCCGAGAGAUCAACACCUCACGUCCAUGACGCUUGUGACGCUGGACGAAACAUACACACAUCCGUUCUCUUUGUUUCUAACAACGGCUUCUGGUUCUGUCUUCGAAUAUAACAUCUCAAAACAAGAAGGUAUGCCUACAUCUUAAAUGUGACUUGUGUUUUAUACGAUCAACAAUAUUGUUUUUACACAAUGGCGUUACAAUAAGUUGUUAAGACGAAGUUAAACCAUCUAACAAGAUCGAUUGAUGAAUUUGGGAAAUCUAAUAGAACACGAGAUAUAUAGAUCAUCUUAUUUAUAAGACACUUCCGCCAUUGUGUAGAACACAUGAACGUUGGUCCUAAAACAUAAAAGUUCCGUUAAGUACUCUAUUAGGAUGUCCAAAAACGGUUGGACGUCCUAAAAUACCCAUUUUGUGUAGCGUCCAUUUGAAACUAAAUAUUGGAGAAAUGCAUCUUUGGGGCUUUCGACCAUUUCCACCUUCCGAAAAGUACCCGAUUUCGUGGUAAAAUUAUAUAUCCUCACUGCUCAUGUAAAGACAGGCAAUGCUCCAGUGAAGCAUGUUGAAGAACUUUGGGUGAAUCAUAUGCACCCUCCACAUACCAAAGUUGCCAAAGGCAUUGCAGGGCUGCAACUUCAAGUGGGUCGGCUCCUGUUUCAUUUGGACGACGGUCGGCUCGGAGAACUGCACCAAUCGAAAACCGGUGGUGACGGGGUUGGUCCAACCCCACCUGUAAACACACGGAGACGAAUGGCUACAAAGUACACAUGGUCAAUAAUAGAAUCCCCCGAGAGUGAAGGGUGGAAUGCCGAAUACUGCACCGAGGAUCGUGGUCCAUUGAACUGUUUCGUAGGCGUAAAAGAUGAACUCAAUGACGAAGGAACCACCAGGCCGGCAUCGAGAAGGCGAGCGGGAAAUAAAGCUCAUGAGCAUUAUUAUCUUGUCUCCCCUGCUUCUUCGAGAAGUAGAUCCCAAGAAGAGACGUACACAGACCCAGAAAGUGAUAUUAAUACAAACUUCCGUCUCCGUCUGAUGCACGAGGGUAGCUCGUUCUUCCUUGUAACUGAAAGCGGGCUAAUUUACGAGUUUCUGAAUGUUGAAAACGUGUGGCUUUGGGUUCAGCAUGAGCAUCAGAUGCCAAUGAAAGGCGCACUUGGAAGCUACAAUAGCAGCUUGUUUCUGGUAGACGAAAAUAACGAUCUGAUUAUUCAAGAAAGAGCCGGUAAUGAACUUGCGUGGAUAAAUCGCAUGGGUGCAAAGAAAGGAAGACAAGUUAUUGGAGGUAGGCCGUGGGAUCUACCUCCCGGAGAAUAUCCCAAAGUUACACCCGAAGACUCGCUCUUCUUCGUUGGUAAAACUGGUGGGUUGCUACAAUUAACGGUUGCGUUAAGGAAGUUCAAGUGGAAAGAUUGUCGAAACCCUUCAGAUUCAAAGAUAGCGAGUAUAGUAGACCAAGAACUGUUUAGAGAAAACCUCGUGUUUGUCGUUGGAAGAGACGGUCAGUUGUACCAAUACAACAAGGUAACGGGGCUAUGGCACCGACACUACCAGUCACAACACAUGGUGCUAUCGAAACAUCCAGGAACUGCUAUGAGGCCUUCGUCGCGAUCACUGACGGGAUCUCUCUUCAUGAUAUCAGAAGACGGUAGGCUCAUCGAGUAUCAUUGGAAUCCUAUGGAUGGUUGGAAUUGGGUGGAACAUGGAACACCAUCCCUUGGGGUCACGUUGGUUGGCUCGACUGGACCAUGUGUCGGAAGGAACCAAUUGUUCUUAAUCGGUUCGAAUGGAAAUGUCUACUUAAGGUACUUGGAUCAAGUAACUUGGAAAUGGAGUGACUGUGGGUUUCCAUAUAUGGGUAACAUCGUUGGCGAAAACUGCCAGGAGGAUAAAGUCUGUAUCGACCAUGAACUUCGAGACAAGACUCAUCUGGAGCACAAAAAAGAAGCCGACAAUUGUGAUCCAAAGGUGGCACCUACACGACCAAUUCCAUUUACGGAAACUGCGGUGAUAUUUGAGCUAAGAGAUGGCAGGUUGGCAGAAAUGCAAAGAACUGAGGAUCUACGAUGGGUGUGGUUGCGCACGAUAGGAACUCCGACAAGCCGUUGUAAUCUGAUCUACUGGACGGCUGUAGCAUCAUGAAGAGAGUUGACACGAAUACAUGAUUAGAAAGUCUAACCAUUGUACAUUUAAAGCAUAUAACAGUUUAAGGACACAAAGCAGGCUUACAACAGAAAACAAUAAGCUUAGCAUGAGCAUUAGCCAUACAUCCUGUAAAAUGCAUUAGCCAUACAUCCUGUAAAAAUGCAGUAGCCAUACAUCCUGUAAAAAUGCAGUAGCCAUACAUCAUGUGAAAAAAGUAAGUUUCUAAGUUC